UUCUUAUCACCUACUUAUGUUCAUGGAGCCUUUGUGCCUUACUAUGGGCUUUAGCCCAAAGCCUAUCCUACUCAUUGAUCUCAUUCAAAGUGCUGUUCCGCCCCUGAAAUCUCAGAACUCAAGAAAACUAAAGAAUUUCUCAAAACCGUAAUCGCAUCCUUUCAUCUCAAUUGCUUAAGCCUUCUAAGAUAUUUGAUCUUUGAUUUUCUUCAUUUUUUGGUUGUGAUGAUGGUCACUUCUGCUUGCAAUUUACCUUCUUGUUCUUACUCAAUAUGCCCAUUUACCGACAAGCAAACUCACCCACGAUCAUUGGGAAACAGAAACCCAUUGUUAUUCAGAUUACAAGCAGCAAAAUUCAGUUGUUGCAAAGCCAAUAAUCAGCCUGAAAUGGCCUUCAUCACAGAAACGAACGAAGAAAGAAGAAGUUUUAAGUGGGUUGAGAUUGGUCCCAACAUCACAGAAGAACAGAAACAAGCGAUAACCAAACUUCCAUUCAAGAUGACCAAGCGAUGUAAGGCUUUGAUGAAGCAGAUUAUUUGUUUUUGUCCUGAAAAAGGGUGUUUGUCGGAUUUGUUGGGUGUUUGGGUUAAGGUCAUGAAGCCCAGAAGAGCUGACUGGCUUGUGGUUCUUAAAGAAUUGAAGAUGAUGGAACAUCCGUUUUAUUUUCAGGUGGCAGAGCUUGCCCUACUUGAAGAAUCUUUUGAAGCCAAUAUUCGCGAUUACACUAAGAUAAUCCAUGGUUACGGGAAGCAAAACCGGCUGCAAGAAGCUGAAAACAUUCUUGUUGCCAUGAAGAGAAGAGGUUUCAUCUGUGAUCAGGUAACUCUAACAACCAUGGUUCACAUGUACAGCAAGGCUGGAAAUCUUAUGUUGGCUGAGGAAACCUUUGAAGAGAUUAAGCUGCUCGGCCAACAACUGGAUAAAAGAUCAUAUGGCUCGAUGAUUAUGGCCUACAUCAGAGCUGGAAUGCCUGAACAAGGGGAGGUUUUGCUUAGAGAAAUGGAUUCCCUGGAGAUUUAUGCUGGAAGUGAGGUUUACAAGGCACUACUGAGAGAAUACUCCAUGCUUGGUGAUGCCAAAGGUGCACAAAGAGUGUUUGAUGCCAUUCAGCUUGCCGGUAUUUCUCCUGAUGCCAGGCUUUGUGGGCUCCUGAUAAAUGCCUAUCAAGUGGCAGGUCACAGCGAAAAAGCACGUAUAGCAUUCGAAAACAUGAGGAGAGCUGGUGUUGAGCCUACUGAUAAAUGUGUAGCUCUGCUGUUGACUGCUUAUGAAAAGCAGAACAAGCUCAAUGAGGCCUUGGAUUUUCUAAUGGCUUUGGAGAGAGAUGGAAUUGUGAUAGGGAAAGAAGCUUCAGGUGUCCUUGCUCAAUGGUUUAAAAAGCUUGGGGUAGUUGAACAGGUGGAACUUGUGUUGAGAGAAUUUGCAGCCAAAGAAACCAAUAGCAGUUGGUGUUAAAACAUUGAUCUUUAGUUUCUUUUUCAGACAUCAUCUUGUGGCCAAGUUGUAAAAACUGGUUAGAUUGACUUGGUAAUUUGUCAUGUUCCUGCAGCCUCUGUAUAUCAAUAUAUUUGUUUUGGUAGUACU